AAAGCCUUCAGAUAUUGCUGUCUUGAGUGAGGCCAUUGCUGAUAGCUAUUCUCGUAUGAACACUCCACAUUCACCAUCAGUUUCUAAUAAAGAAACUCCUACUGGACUUUAUACUAACAGAAACAAAGGCUACUUGAAUACUGCGGGAACCAGCACUCCUUACAAAAAACCAUCGACGGACAAGCGUCAUCAACGAAGCUUGUCUAGAAAAAAUGAGUCUGGAUUUUCUCGUUUAUUCAGCCCAGCUUUGCAGUUUUUAGGCGUUGUUGGUUCCAAAAAUGCAUCAAAUUCGGACAAGGACAGUAAUGACGAUGAUAUGCAAAUGGAUAACAUCAAAAGUUUAGAUACACAGCAUACAAGCAACUAUGCAGAGAAUAUGAAAAACAGUAUGCUAAAACGGGAAUUAGAUCGGCCGGCUACAUCAAACUCAGUUCAAGACGCAUCGCCAAAUGUUUCAUUGGCACCCCAUUCGUCUAUCCCAAAUCAAUUAUCUGGUGAAUCAGAUUCUCAUUCAACGAUCAAGUUUGGAAACGAGCUGGAAACUGAAAAGCCGUUUACAUUUUCAUUCAACGCUCCCCAAGGAUCUGCCAAUCCCUUUUUGGUUUUAGAAAGUGGUGCUAAUGAUGGUCAAACUAUUCCCACUCAGCCCCAGUCAAGAUUUCCUACAAACUCUCAAUCUGGCUCUCAUCGAUCUAUUUCUCCUGCUCUAAUGGCAGGGAACGAGCAGCUUCUUAAUUUCCUUAAUUCUAAGCGCGGUCAACCCCUUACGGAUAAAGAGAUUGAGGCUUGUCGAAAUAUUCUUGACAGUAGUAUUGCUCAAGAUGCACAACUUCAACAAUCGAGCGAGCCAAAACACUAUCCACUUUUUUCGCGGUCUUUAUUUUCACUUGCAAAGGCAUAUCCAGAUCAAGGCCCAGGAAGCUCUACAAGCAGCGCACGAUCGUCAAUUUCCAAGGUUCGGAUUUCUCGAAGACCAGUCCGUUAUGCUGGCUCUGGAUUUGGUGCAUCUAGAGGACGUACGGGAACCUCCAUGUGGAAAUUUCAGCCUACCAAUGCUCCAGGUACUCCAAAAACUGCUACUGCACCUCUUUUUCAGGUCAAGCAUUGCGUUGAAGAUAUCCCACAUACGCCUUUCACCAAACGAAUCAAACUUGGCGACCCUGAAAAGACUCAGCAAUCAGGACCAGGACUCCAACCUUUUGUGCCAAUACCUUUUACUGGAGCCGCAUCCGAGCUUACUAGCGCGCAGGUUCAGAAACCUAAAUUAUAUCCGUCAAAGAGGGGUCUUACGUCUGCAGCGCAAUCAAUUCUUUCUAGCUUGGACGACUUUGAUGCUCCACCUACAAACGUGCUGAUGCCUUUUGGCAUGAUCAAACCGCUGCCCAAUCCAUACUUGGCCAGUUCCAAGAUUCAAGUUGAUAAACAACCCAAACAACCUGCUUUUACCACGGCACCAUUGACUGUGGAUAAUAACUCUAGUGCACCACAAAAUGAGUCCAUAACAUGUUUAAAACCAAGUGCCAUAAACUCUGCUAAGCCUUUGCUGUUGGAGAAUACUGCACCUUCAUUUUUACCAGCAGUUCAAACACCUAAAACUGAGCUUAAACCUGAGACUUUGCAACAGUCAAUAUCUAGCAAGCAGUCCUUUUCCAAAGAUUCUUCCACAUUUUUUGUUAGCAAAUCCUCUGCGAAUACUUUAGUAAAUCCAACCUCGUCUACUACAUCUGCUUCUGCUGCAAUUAGCAUCCCUACAUUUGCUCCUGCCACAAUUUCUUCUGCUACUGUUUCGAAGCCUGCUAUUGUUUCUGCCGCAACUACUAGAGAUAGUGUUUAUAGCAAAGCUCGGAAUAUAGUGGAUAAACAUCUACCACAUUUUAGCUUUUCCACACAGGAUAGCAAGCUGAGCGAGAUCCCAUUGCUUAUCACAGAGUUGCAUGAAUGGGAUUUGAUUAAAAAAUCUGCAAAAGAAGCUGGCAAGACUCUGAUGCCUACGUUCGUGUUUGAUGAAAAGUGUGCAGCUACUAUUUUACCAACUGCUUUUCAAAGCAAGCCUGUUGUCGCUUCAUCUGCCAAGUGGGAGUGUAAUAUCUGUUUGGUAAAAAACCCUUCUGAUAAGAUUACUUGUAUAGCUUGCGAGAGCCCAGCCCCUUUAAAAACCGCAACACCAGCUAUUCCCCCAAAAGAUCCAUUUGGAAAAUGGAGCUGUGGUGUCUGUUUAGUAAAAAACCCUUCUGAUAAGAUUACUUGUAUAGCUUGCGAGAGCCCAGCCCCUUUAAAAACCGCAACACCAGCUAUUCCCCCAAAAGACCCAUUUGGAAAAUGGAGCUGUGGUGUCUGUUUAGUAAAGAAUACGGCAGAUGCAACGACAUGCAUUGCGUGUACCUCUGCUCGACCAUGACCACAGAUUUAAUAAAAUCCAAGUAAUUUGCUAC